UCAAGGACUAUUUAACGAAAUCAUGGGACACGACAAGUUGUCUAUCGUGAGAUUUAAUUCGUCUCGAAGAGGACUGAGCUCCUUGCCGAACGCCCACAGGAGCCCAUACUUAGAGAGAAUUCUCGAAGCUUCUUCCCUGGAAAUUUGCCUACUGCCCGAUGAUGACAAAACCGUGUCUAUGAACGCGGUGAUGGGUUAUGGACAAUACAAGGUCCCAUCUGCCGACGGGACAGUUCUGUUGUUUGAUAACAACAGGGUUAGGAUGAGAAGUCCCAACGUCAGUUUGAACGCAUUUGGUCCAUUGCCAGGACUUGACAUGGACAACAUGGUUUGUCCUGGCGUGGAAGUUAUGUCAUUGACACCUUCCGGGAACCAGUCGGUACUCAAGGAAUUCUCCAUGGUGACAUGGAAAUAUACUAUGUCAACUGAAACCAAGGUCAAAAUCGAGACUCUUGCCGAGAACUUGAUCUUGUUCUCACCGCGUCUGGCAAUGUCGACAGGAAAGCCAGUUUUAGUCAGGAGUCCAGCCAGAGAUGGGAACGCUUGGCUAUCUGCCAUCGAUGACAAAUGGAUCGCUACGAGAUCAGCGUCAUUUGUUCAUGAUGAACGUAUUUAAGUGUAGCAGUGGCACGAACGGCUUAAGCCAGAAGCAGAACGAAGCAAAAGUUUCAGAUUGUUUCUUUGCAUCUAAAGCUUUGGAGCUUACUGACGCGAAGCUCUUCGAUGUCGAGCAGGUAACUGGACGACAAAUAAAAAUGGAAAUGCUUCGCAAGCACUGUCCCACGGAGACAAGCGUCCACAUUCCGCAACGCCCACCAAGGCACCAUGGUGGCUAAUUGUGAUGUAUCAAAAACAUUUGGACGAAAGGUUGAUCUGGACUGAAUGGAAUAUGGAACUCAUAUAAAUAUUGCUGACCAAAUAUGACUAAGACAGUGUUUGGGAAUUGUUGCAAUAAAAAACAGUAUCGACGUUAAUGUUUUGUCACAAUGUGGAUGUUUCAUUUGAAAGGUACUGAUAUUUGAGAGUUCAUUGAAUCAAAAAGAUGAGAGCAAGCUGUAUGAAAUGGAAAGUUAAGCCAACACUCAUCUCCGAAAUCUUCAUUGCUGUAAAUGUCACUAAGGAACGAAUUACAGCAAAACUGCUGAAUAAUAGCAACACACAUCUGAAGAUAGAUGAAUGUAGUCAACAUUGAUGUCUGAUGAGCUUUUGUUAUCAUGAAAACAUUCAUACAAAACCGACGAAUACAGCAUAUACAAUACGGAUUGAACGGUUUGCGAAUGUCUUGUACUGUGAAAUAUUUUUAAGUUGUUUUAUAUUAGAUGAUUUCUAUGUAGAUACAAACAGUUGAAGUGGUUAACUUUUUUGAUUAUUUAAAAUACCAAUUUACUUAGAUUUGAGCGCAAUGUUUACAUUUCUUACUAUGAGUUUUUAACUGGAAAACCAGAUUAGGCUAUACGUAUAAAUAAAUAUGUUUUCUAAAAAUAAACGAGGCGAAAAGCUAUAAAUAGUAGUACAGGUAAUAUCAAUAUGUCUGAUAAAGGUGACGCAUUGUCUGAUGUUUCAAGCGGAUAGAACUAUUUUUGUAAGAAUGUUUUAAUACUUCUUUAUGAAAAUAUGUAUGAAAAAGAAUAACUCAAACAAUGUACUUAAAGUCUUCAAUAUAAAUGUUAUCUCAUAAAAAAUCGAUUUAAAGUUGUAUUUAUGUUAUACACCCGCAGAGCGGUUAUUUAUUAUGACUAUGUUGUUGUUCAAAGCAAAAUUAGUCUAUGACAUGCAAUGUUUGUUCAAAAUUUCUAAUAAAAGUGUAUGACACAAUC